AUGGUGAGUCGAGGGGAGUGUGGUAGUGGCCGGGCAAACCUCGAAGCUUCUCAGGCAGAGCAUGGUGGCCGUGGUGGUGGACCAGGUGGCGGCAAUCCCGAUGAUGGUGCUGGCCAUAGGAACGAAUAUUACCAAGGACAGGGUAGCGUUGACGAUGCCGGGGGCGGCGGGCGUGGCCGUGGUUACUACGAAGGAGAUCGCGUUGGCCGUGGGUACUACCAAGGAGGCAGUGAUGGCAACCGUGGCCGUAUGAACUUCGAAAGAGGCCGCAAGAGCCUGUACACUAUCGGUGAGCUGCCGUUCAACACCAAGGAGUUUGAGGUCACCUUACCAGACUACAAGCCAGGUCCAUCUGGGAAAAUGAGGGAGAGGAAGUUCAAGGUGGCCAUCAAGCACGCCACCCUGGUCAGCCUACAACAGUUUUAG